AUGGCAUCACCCGCAGAUAUUAUCACCUACAUUGGAAUUCCGCUUGCUGUUCUCGGCAUUUCACCUAUACUUUACAACUUUAUCAUUGCAUUUUUUGUCAAGCUGAGAUUGAAGCGACAACUGAAAACAGUGGGCUUAGUUGAUGAUACGGUUAUUCGAAGUCGAUUCAUUAAUGGAGUUGUCGAGCUUGAACUUCCAAUUUAUGAGCUCAAAUUCGAGGAGGGUUGCCCAAGUGUGGAAAGAUUUGGGAGAUAUCGGGAUGCAUCUUGGAUUAAUUUUGAAUGUGGUGAACGAGGUAGACAGGAGCCAUAUUUUCAAAGACGCCUGGUAGGCCGGGUCACUAAGACGUUCCAGAUAUCUUCUAAACUAUCGUUACCAGAAGUUUCAGUGUCAUUUGAGCAUCUGCUGGGAUACUUACUCCAGAAUGAAUGGAGAAAAGGAGGAAACAUUGACCUUGAUGGCUUUGGGGCGUUGAAGACCCACAAUCUCAAUAUUCCAGUGGGAACAGUGUUAGUAAGAAUUGCAACAUCUUUGGAGCAGUGUUUGUUCUUGAAAACAGCUGCGUCGAGUUUGGAGAACCGAGGUUUUCUUUGUGUAAAGUUGUGCUCAAACGUAUCUUACCCAUUCACCUCGGAACUGUCCAAAGACGAGGAUUAUUUCAGCAAGAUAGAGAGAAAGAAGUGGGUUUCAAAGGCUGGUCUCAUCACCGAGGAUAAAAUUUGGAUUCUGGAAAAGACGAAUCGAUAUUUAAUCCGCGAGCCAUCCCCUCCAGCAUCUUCAUCCGCAGUUCCUGACGGUGUUGACCAGGUUGCCAAUACUGCAAAACAAGAUGAAAACACCUUUGAUUCCCAAGCUGUCGUUCCCAGAAGGGGAGUUUAUGUUUGGGUCGAUGUGAUGGGAAUUCGGCAAGCGUUUGCCAUUAAUGGCUUAGGUCCUAACAAUGAGCCCAUGCAACUAGAAGAAAUUGACAAAUCUCACCACAUAAUGGCACCAACUGCCGGUCUCGGAAAAACGAUCAAACUUGAACAACGCAUUUUGGAUAACCUCUUCUUGACACAUGCAUUCGCUUCACUACUAGAGCUUAAUGAUCUCCAUAAACUUCCACAGUUCGAGUACAGCCCUGACGUCCUUUCCACUGCAGUCUUCGCGUCUUUCACAUUUGGGAAUCUCCAUGAAUCGGUACAACUGGCCAUGUGUAAACGCCAAUCUUCUCCCGAUUUCGCACUUGAUCAAACCAACAUUGCUAAUUCCCUCGAAAAAAUUCCCAAUCAAGCGCGAGAGCGAGAGCGAGAGCGAGAAUCUCUCACCAAGAUCAAUCUGCUAGCUAACACACAUGGAAACACAAUCGUUUCUUCCAUCCCUAAAACAUUGAUGAAACGGCGUCGCAAGCGUCAUUCUAUCUACAAGAACUCCCCAUCAUUCAAAGUACACUUUCGAAUCUCGCAUUUGAGAUUAUUAUACCUCGACCUUUUCCUCUGGCAGGAGAUUUGCCACACUGCCGCUAGAUCUCCAGGAAACAAAGCGUGGCCGCAUUUUCUAUCCCGCAGCACGGUUCCUCCCAUGGAAGAAAUUCUGUACUAG